GGGGAAAAAAAAAUCACAGAGGCCUUGUUUAGUUCAAAAAUUUUUGCAAAACAGGCACUGUAGCACUUUCGUUUGUUUUUGACAAAUAUUGUUCAAUCAUGGAAUAACUAGGCUCAAAAGAUUUGUCUCAUCAAUUCCGACCAAAUUAUGUAAUUAGUUUUUAUUUUCGUAUAUAUUUAAUAUUCUAUGCAUACGUCUAAAGAUUCGAUGUGACGGGGAAUCUAAAAAAUUUUGCAAAAUUUUUUGGAACUAAACAAGGCCAGAGUUCAAUUGGCAGUUGCUGAGCCUGCCUGAGCGCGCUCGGACGUCGCCGACGGGCAAGCCGUGGCCCCGCUUCCGCCGGCGGCGAUGGGCAACUCGCAGGCUUCGCCGGCGUCCGCCUCCAGCUCCCGCUUCGUCAUGGCCUCGAGGGCCUUCUCGAAGCAGGAGCUGGACGGCCUCCGCGGCCUAUUCACCUCCCUCGCGGCGCAGUCGCAGACCAGCGGCCGCGCCAUCUCACGCUCCGUCUUCCUCGAGUACUAUGGGGUGCGGGGGCCAUUAGGCGACAGGCUGUUCCAGUUGGUGGCGAAGGAGAGUGGCGGCAGCGAUGGGGUCACGUUCGAGGAUUUGAUCAUCUCCAAAGCAACAUAUGGAAGGGGAACUCGAGAUGAGGUUGAUGAAUUCAUUUAUCAACUAUGUGAUGUCACAGGAGAUGGUGCCUUAACAAGGUCUGAUUUGGAAUCUGUCUUGGCAUCCGUUCAUGAAACUGUAUUUGCAGUGAAGAAGGAAGUCGUGGAAGGUUCCAACAACAGACCAUUUGAAGCAUUCCUCAACUCGGCAGUACUUUCAGAGGAUGCUGAAGCGGUCUCAGAGAAGUCUAUGUCAUUAUCAGACUUUAGGAACCUGUGCAUUCUCUUGCCAUCAUUGAGGAAGUUCCUUGGAAAUUUGUUGAUGCCCCCUGAUUCAGGUAGACCAGGGUUUGAAGUACCACUGCUUCAUUAUCCUGAAAACAUCUCCACUGAUUUGCUGCUUCUAAAUAAAGAGUAUGCCUGGCAUAUUGGAGGAGGCUUUUCCCAAAAUGAGGUGCAAGAGUGGAAGCUUUUAUAUCACAGUUCUCUUCAUGGACAAAGCUUCAACACUUUUUUAGGCAAAGUAACGAAUGGAGAUGCCCAGACUGUUCUGAUUGUUAAAGAUAGAGAAGGAUCAAUUUAUGGUGGAUAUGCAUCACAGCCUUGGGAAAGGCACAGUGAUUUUUAUGGUGACAUGAAGACAUUCCUCUUCAAAUUAUAUCCUCAAGCAUCCAUUUUCCGCCCUACUGGAGCAAACAGGAAUUUGCAAUGGUGUGCUAUAAACUUCAGCUCUGAGAACAUACCCAAUGGUAUUGGAUUUGGAGGGCAGCCACAUCAUUUCGGACUCUUUUUAUCUGCAAAUUUCGAUCAAGGGCACUCAUUUACUUGUAGCACGUUUACCAGCCCUCCCCUUUCAAAGACAAAUAGGUUCAGGCCAGAAGUCAUUGAAUGUUGGGGUAUACAAAUGAGAGGAGCACAAGAUGAAAAACUGGAGCUAGUCAAGGGGACAGUCCUCGAGAGAUUCAAGGAGGACCGGAACAUGCUGAAGAUGGUUGGUUUGGCAAAUGCGAGUGAUUGACAGAGGAUCACAAUGAUGUACAUGUUUGAGAGCCUGUACAGCACAUGUUUAUAAGAACAGUCCAUCCUGAGACCAUGUCUUUGUGUUCUACUGUUCAUAUAUUGCUUUAGUUGAAAUUUGCCACUCAAAAUAUCCAUUUGAUCCACACUUUGUAACAAUUUACCUACUUUUGUCCCCAGACGUGAAGGACAGACGAGCUAAUGAUAUGUUUGAUCUUAGAAAUGACAUGGUAUAUCA